AUGUCUCAUAUUUCCAUUUAUUGCCCCAGCAUGAAACAGUUGGCAGGCUAAACUCCCAACUGAUCUGUACUCUUGACCAACAUAGACAUAUCAUACAUAAUUCAUAUGUGUGUAUAUAUAUCAAGGCAAAGUAGUCACAUUCAGUACCUUCAAAAUUCUUGAAAAAGACACAAACCUCAGCUAAACACACAAACAGACAUACUCACUAGUACACAAUGUCUCACCCAAUUUUCCAAUCCAAUGAGAACAGCCCUUACGGAGACAUGACAAGAGAAGAGUUUUACAAGCAGCAUAAAAUAAUUCACGAACAAAGUUUCAUGUUAAACAAACAAAACAUGAAGAUAUUCACACAAUCUUGGCAGCCUGAAUCAACUAAUCAGUUAAGAGGCCUUGUGGGCAUGAUUCAUGGCUAUACGUCCGAAAGCAGCUGGCUUUUCGAGCUAAAUGCAGUAGCCAUGGCGAAAGCUGGUUUUUUCGUCUGUGCUCUCGACCUACAAGGUCAUGGUUACUCAGAAGGCUCACCUGGUGACAUACCAAAUAUUCAACCCGUAAUCCAAGAUUGCAUACAGUACUUUGACUCUGCUCGUGUUGAUCACCCAGAGCUCCCAGUUUUCCUGUAUGGUGAGUCAUUAGGUGGUGCAAUUGCUACACUCAUAUGUCUAAGGCAAAAGACUGUAUGGAAUGGUCUGAUAUUAAGUGGACCGAUGUUUGGAGUGUCACAGAAAUACAAACCUGUUUGGCCAUUGGAGAAGCUACUACCAUUGGCCGCCUUCAUAGCACCAUCUUGGAGGAUUGUGAUCACCAAACCACCUGCAUCUAAAUCAUACAAGGAGGAGUGGAAGAAAAAAGUUGUCUUAAAAAGUCCAAAUCGCCUGGCUUCCCAGAAGCCACCAGCUGCCACUGCACUAGAGCUUCUGAAAGUCUGUGAGUAUAUACAGAGGAACUGUCAUGAACUAGAAGUCCCUUUGCUGAUUCUUCAAGGUGGGGAUGAUAAGGUAUGUGAUCCUGAAGCUGCAAAAUUUGUGUAUAAAUCGGCAGGAAGUAACGAUAAGACUAUGAAAAUUUACCCGGGAAUGGGGCACCAAUUGAUAGGUGAACCAAAUGAAAGUGUGGAGCUUGUUUUCAAUACUACGCGGUCAUGGAUUGAGGUGAGAGCAAACUUGACAAAAAUCGAAGAGAUGAUCUUAAGUUCUUCAGAUGUUUAGACACAUCGUCAGAAAUUCUCUUUUCAUGUACAACAACAUACCCAGUGUAGUCAAACAAGUGGAGUCUGGGUAGGGUAGAGUGUACGCAGACCUUACCCCCACCUUGGGAGAAGAGAGGCUGUUUCCGAUAGGCCCUCGGCAAAUUCUCUUUUCAUGUAAUAAUAAUAAAUAAUAAAAUCUACUGUAAUUACUGAUAUUGUCAGAGCAGUUUCC